UCUUGCCAUAUUUUGUUAUCAUCUUGGGGAUCCAACCAACUACCGGCGACUAUUAACCAGUUAAAUCGGUGGCGUUAGCUGUUGAAUUAGUGAUUACAUGGCAGAAUUCAAGGUCAUCGGAGUGAUCGGCGCUGGCCAAAUGGGCUCCGGGAUAGCUCAGUUGGCGGCGGUUGCCGGUGCCGAUGUACGACUACUCGACAAAGACGCUGAAGCUCUCCUCACUGCCAAGAGGUCUAUCUCCGACUCAGUUCAACGUUUUGUCUCCAAAGGUCAACUUUCCAAGGAGGUAGGGGCUGAUGCUGUAGCUCGUGUGAAAUAUACUUCGAAUCUAGAAGAUCUUCAAUCUGCAGAUAUUGUAAUAGAAGCCAUCGUUGAAUCUGAGGAUGUGAAGAAGAAACUAUUUGCAGAAUUAGAUAAGAUUGUUAAAGGGUCUGCCAUUUUAGCAUCAAAUACAAGCUCCAUCUCCAUUACUCGUUUGGCAUCUGCAACAAAACGACCACACCAGGUGAUUGGCAUGCAUUUCAUGAACCCUCCCCCCAUCAUGAAACUUGUUGAGAUCAUCCGAGGUGCACAAACAUCAGAUGAGACUUACAACAAGACAAAAACUUUGGCUGAGAGAUUCGGAAAGACUGUUGUUUGCUCAAAGGAUUAUUCGGGUUUCAUAGUGAAUCGAAUCUUAAUGCCAAUGAUUAAUGAAGCCUUUUACACACUUUACACUGGUGUUGCAACAAAAGAAGACAUAGAUGCAGGAAUGAAACUAGGAACCAAUCAACCAAUGGGGCCUCUACAGCUGGCAGACUUUAUUGGUCUAGAUAUAUGCUUAUCAAUUCUCAAAGUUCUACAUGCAGGACUAGGUGACACUAAAUACACACCUUGCCCUCUUCUUGUACAAUAUGUUGAUGCAGGUCGCUUAGGUAAAAAACGAGGUGUUGGUGUUUAUGACUAUACUAAAUUUCCUAAACAGCCCUCCAGGAUUUAAUCUAUUUACAGGAAUAUCCUUUUAUGUAACACUCUAGUAGUAAUAGUGUUAAGACUAUUGUAAGCAAUAAAGUUUUCAAUUCCGGAAUGAAAGGCUUUUGUUUCGAGAGUGUACCUGUACCCCACAAGGUGAAAAACAGGCUGUGAGUUAAUGGGUGGUAGUCCCCACUUUUGAGACUGAAAGUGACAGAAAUGGAAUCCAAUCAUAUAAUUGUAGUGAUAAAAAUAGAUCUAAAUCUGAAAAUUUUGGGGAUUGGGUAGAGAUAGAGAAUAGAGGUAAAGAUGAAGUUUUUGUUUCAGUGUCCAUGUUGUUCUUGCUUUUGUUUUGUGAAGCCUAAAAAGGGGAAACCUAAAGAGAAACAAGUGAAGGAAAGUAAACCCAAGGAGAAAGAGAGUAAACCUGUUGAGAAAGAAAGCAAGGAUGAAAAGAAGACAGAGUGAAGUGAAGUGCAUUUUGUUGAAAUGUGAUAUGGGUAUGUAUGUUAUAAUAGUAGUAUAAGAUUAAAUAAUUGUUGCAUCAUCUUCGUCUUGGUGUGGUGGGUAGAUUAAAUUUGAAUGUGUUAAUUGGGGUAGGAUCUUGUUUAAAGUAGCUGGGUCCUAGAUGAAGUGUGUUUACUAGAUAGAUAGAUGUCAUGAAUGAUGAUCUCUGUUUGUAUUCCAGGUUAUGAGUUUUCAUGAUUUUGUCAUGUGUUCCAGUCUUCCAGAUUAUGAUCAAGAUCUUGUGUUCAUGAAUCAUGAUUGAUUAGUUUCGGGAAUUUCAUGACUCAUCAGGGUUAUUAUUUAGUUGUAUUUUGCUACUAAUUGGAAUGGCUUUUUGUAA